AUGAGUUCUAGUAGUAAACGUAAAUUCUUUGUCGGUGGCAAUUGGAAGUGUAAUGGUUCACUCGGUCAAGUACAAGAGCUUGUGAGCAUGCUUAAUACGGCCAAGAUCCCGGCCAAUGUCGAAGUCGUUGUCGCCCCUUCGCAAGUACAUGCUGCUAUUGUCAAGACAUCACUCCGUGAUGAUGUUCGUGUCAGUGGACAAGAUGUGUGGAAAGAGGGCAAUGGCGCCUUUACAGGUGAGACCUCGGCUGAAAUGCUCAAGGAUUUGGGUGCCGAGUACACGCUCGUGGGUCAUAGUGAACGUCGCGAGAAGGGGGAAACCAAUGAGAUUGUGGCCAAGAAGGCUGCGUACGCACUAGAGAAGGGCCUCGGUGUCAUUGCCUGCAUUGGUGAGACCAAGGAGCAUCGCGAGUCGAACCAGACGGUGGCUUACAUCACCGAGCAACUCAACGCGUACGCUGCCGAGAUCAAGGACUGGACGAAUGUUGUCAUCGCGUAUGAACCCAUCUGGGCCAUUGGCACGGGCCUCACGGCCUCACCUGAGCAGGCACAGGAGGCACAUGCUAGCAUUCGUGCUUGGCUUAAGGAGAAGGUCUCACCUGAUGCUGCUGAAAAGACUCGCGUCAUUUACGGUGGAUCAGUUGGUGCCACAAACGCUACCGAGCUCUCGCAAAAGGAGGAUAUUGACGGCUUCCUUGUUGGUGGUGCUUCACUAAAGCCCGACUUCCUGAAGAUCAUUAACGCCCAAAACCCGACGGACAAUGUCGGUGGGGCUGUGAACGUUGCCAUCAAUGGCUUCGGCCGUAUCGGUCGGCUGGUGCUGCGUACUGCUGCUACAAACCCGCUGAUCAACAUUGUGGCUAUCAAUGACCCAUUCAUCACGACGACAUACAUGGAGUACAUGCUUGAGUAUGACACGGUCCACGGUCGUUUUGACGGUGAGAUUUCGCACGAUGAGAAGCAUGUUUUUGUGAAUGGCAAGCCCAUUCGUGUUUUUAACGAGAUGAACCCAGCGAACAUUAAGUGGGGCGAGGAGCAGGUGCAAUACGUGGUCGAGUCUACUGGCGCCUUUACGUCCAUCGACAAGGCUUCGGCGCACUUGAAGAACGGCGUGGAGAAGGUUGUGAUUUCGGCUCCAUCGAAUGAUGCACCAAUGUUCGUCAUGGGCGUGAACCACGAGCUGUAUGAGAAGAAAAUGCACGUAGUGUCGAAUGCUUCGUGCACGACGAAUUGCCUGGCUCCUUUGGCCAAGGUGGUGAAUGACAAGUUUGGCAUCAAGGAGGGUCUGAUGACAACAGUCCACGCCGUGACUGCGACACAAAAGACGGUAGACGGUCCGUCAAACAAGGAUUGGCGUGGUGGUCGUGGCGCUUGUUUCAACAUCAUCCCCAGCUCUACUGGUGCAGCCAAGGCCGUAGGCAAGGUGAUUCCUAGCUUGAAUGGCAAGUUGACUGGUAUGUCGUUCCGUGUACCUACGGCGGAUGUGUCUGUCGUGGAUCUGACUGCUCGUCUGGUGAAUCCUGCGUCGUAUGACGAGAUCAAGGCUGCAAUCAAAUUGGUUUCUGAGAACGAGAUGAAGGGUAUUCUUGGAUACACUGAGAAAGCUGUUGUAUCAAGCGACUUUAUUGGUGACUCUCGCUCGUCAAUCUUUGAUGCUGAGGCUGGUAUUGCUCUCACGGACAAUUUUGUAAAGCUUGUUUCGUGGUACGACAAUGAGUGGGGCUACAGCUCGCGUGUGUUGGAUCUGAUUGAGCACAUGAUCAAGAGCGAGUAA